UAUUGAGAGAAAUGGAAUGGCCGAACCCAUUCGGGAUACGUUGUUCCUCCUACCCCAAACGAUGCCGCUUCUACUUAGGCUACCCCCUUCUUUCUACCCCUUCCCGGGAUACCCUGGGCCUAUUAGCUAAUCCUUUAAUAAAUAAUUGUUUUAUAUCUAUACAACUAGGCUUGGUAUAAGCUACUGCAGUUAUUCUAGCCACAGUAGCUGACUUAUUUCACAUAACACCAACACCAACUAUACAAUUGCCGUCUGGCCCGCCUAGCUAAGCGCUGCAGGCUAUCUCCCCGUUUUCAUCUUGCUCCUAAACCUCAACCAAAGUCGGCUUUCUGCUGAAAUGGAUCCCACUUGCGAAUCUCAGGACGCGCCGUCUUACGAAAGCACCUUUACCGCAACUGAAUGCUCGAGAAUGGAACCUACUACCAGUCCCCUUAUCCAUAUCAUCCGCCACGGACAAGCCCUCCAUAACGUUGAUCGCAGCUACCCCUAUCGCGACCCACCCUUAACGGAUGCAGGCCAUGAGGCUACCCAGCAGAUCAAGAUCCCGGCCGUCCCAGACCUCAUCGUCAUCUCGCCCAUGACACGUACCAUCCAGACCGCUAUGAAUGCCUUCCCGUCGAUUGCCUCAGCGCCUAACGAGACGAAGGUACAGAUCUGGCCCGACCUGCGCGAAGCUCACGACGCGAUUUGCAACAAAGGUAUCUCUCGGGCUGAGAUUUCGACAAAGUUUCCAGAUCUGAACUUCUCGGAAUGUCCUGAAGAAUGGGAUCAUCCACCGCAUACCAUUGAGGGUGCAACAAUACGCGCUGAGACAGUUCGACGCCGCUUAAAAGAGCUCUCCAAAGAAUACAACAAUAUUGUCCUCAUCACACAUAGGGGGUUUAUUGCAUUCCUUGUCAAGGGAGAUCGAUAUGACGUCUGUGAAUCGCGCUCGUAUCAAUUUGGGAUAGAUGAGGAAGCUGAAGUGGAUGCCUUGAGAUUUGGAGUCAACAGGGAUACAAUGUUGCGACAGGAUUUUGGCCCGACGGUUCUUGUGCCAUAUACACCCCAAGUUCGGAUACCACACUAAACUAAGUUUGCGUCACACUUCUAGAUGGAAGAUGUAGUCUUUAAACGUUUAUUAAGUAGUCUAGGUUUAAUUAACGAAGAAGACCUAGUAACUAA